UAGGGCCACCGCCCUCCUCCCCCGUCCCAGCCAAUGAACGCCAUAUAUAGCUAGGCUCCGAUCCUGCCAUUGUCACACACACCAACACCACUCACUCAUGUGUUUGAUGAUCUUGCUAACAACCUUGCAUUUUUUUUCCCUUUCCUUCCCUUUAUUUCUCUCUCUCUCAGCUCAUCAGCUCACAAUUCACAAACAAAUAUCUCCUCCCCUUUGAUCGAUCCACAAUUAUUAAAGCACCAUCAUUACCAGGUCGUAUGUGAUUAUCCGGCAAAUUAGCUAGCACCCGGCCGGAUUCUUCUGAGCAGUUGUGUAUCACAUUCUUGUUCCAUUGGUACGGUGGCCAAGAAGCCCAUCCGGCCGGUGUCGUCCUCGCAGUUGCAUCUUCCGUUCCAUGUCUUCUUCACCACCACACAGCAGCAGCCUAGUAGCAGGCGGCAUGAGUGCAAGCUCCAAGAAGUUCAGGCACGCGAUCCUCAAGAACCUGCUACUAGGGCUCAGGAAAAGCGGCGGUGCUGCGUCGUCGUCGAGUGGCAUGAGCCUCCACGAGAGGAGGGACGCCGUCAGGCACGCCGCCGACGCCGCCCUCGCCUCCGCAAGGGGCGCCGCGCCGCGCUGGAGCCGGGCCCUUGCGGCGAAGCUCUCGUCCCAGCACGGCCGCCGCCGGCCCACCAGCUGGGCCGACGACGCGCACCACCUUGUCGACGUUCCUGACACAAGUGCGCGGUCUUCGGGUCAAUGCAAGUCGUCGCCGCCGUGGAAGAUGGUGAUGGCCAGCUCCAAGAAGAUCACGAGGAGGCGGCUCCGGGCGAGGCCCAAGAGCAGAGCCACGGCCAGAGCAGCGGGCGCUGUCGCGAGGGUCAUGGCGAGGAGGCGGUCCAGGGCGCUGAGGGAGAUGGUGCCGGGAGGGAGAGGGAUGGUGGACGAGUGGACGCUGCUGGGUGAAACCCUAGACUACGCCGUGUCUCUCAAAGCUCAGGUCGAUGCGAUGCAGCUCCUGUUGAGGACUCUCCAGCAGGCCCCCCAAGAACCCUGCUCUGCUGAAGCAGCCGUGAGGGGAAUUCGGACUACAUAUAUAUAAUGAAAUGUGAUCAAGAUCGUCCAUUAUUCAUGGAUAAGACUUGUAAGAUAAAAUUGAGAGUUUUCUCCCACCUUCCUAUCCUCUCCUGCAUACUCUUUUUUUUUUGUUUCUUCUGUAGCAAUAUAAUGAGGGAUCAUGAGGCAUGAAAAGGUCAUGUGUAUGUCGUAUAUGUACAGUACCCGAGUGUGCUAUAUACUAUAUAUAUGUAAAUGUAAAUACGGUUGCUCUUUAAACAAGCAAACAUCAAUGUACAGUUUUUAUGUGAUGUACCUAGCUCUUGUAUUAGGAAAAGGAACUUUUGUAGAUUUUAGCCGAAUUCAGGCGAUAUAUGAGUAUAUUUCUGGGAUGUAUGUGCUGCACCCUAUUA